AUGCUUGGGAGGACGCUGAGUUUAUUAAAGUCAAAAGUGGCCAGAAGUGCCCCGUUUCUUCACGCGAAGCAUGGACCGCAGAACUACUACAAAGGAAACCGCUGUCGUCGGCUGGGUCGACACACGCGCAAGGGUGGGUACGUCGUAGACCACGCAAACAAGGUCCCUGACUUCAGAAUACCGCAAAUUCCAGAAGAUUUUCCACUGAAACCAUAUGUUGCAGUUGGUUCGUAA